GCGCGCGAAAGCAAAACUUACGUGUUUGGUAAAAAAGUUGGCUGAUAAGCUUGAUAAGGCGAAAAUGAGGUUUGCCAAACACCCUCUUAAAUUCAUCGUAGAAGGUCAACACUUGGAUGUUCAAUAGGCGAAACUCUCGUCCUGUCUCUUUCACAAGCUAAGCUAAGAGACAGUCGCCGAGGGCGGCAAUCAAAUUAAGCUCUAACAGCGCCAAGAAUGACGAUGGCUGGAAAAUGCCAUCAACUUAACCCAUAUAAGUGAAUAAUGAUGAUGGCUGGAAAGCUAGAAGACGCACGCAACAUCCUACCACACACCCAACAAUGGCUUCUGUUGCCCAAAUCAUCGGCACAGACGUAGAAACUUUUGCUCUGAUCUUAUUAACAGCGCCACUCCUUUUCGCCCUGUGGCGGCUGUUUAACGGAAACCCAUUCAAGUCAAUUAACCGGUUACCGCCGGGACCGUUCGGCUUUCCGGUGGUCGGAUACCUGCCCUUCCUCCGCUCAGAUCUUCACCACCAGUUCACAGAUCUCGCCCGAAAGUACGGCCCCGUCUUCAAGCUCCAAGUAGGAAGCCAGCUGUGCAUGGUGGUGAGCUCGCCGUCCGUGGUGAAAGAGAUCCUUCGCGAUCAAGAUGCAAUUUUCGCUAACCGCCACCCGACGGCGGCGGCACUCAUAGCCACGUACGGCGGCCGUGACAUCUCCUUUGCGCCCCUGGGCAAUCACUGGCGAGAAGCCCGGAAGAUUUUUGUCCGGGAGAUGCUGAGCAGCAAGAACAUCAGAGCCUGCCACGGUCACCGGCGAGAAGAGGUCAGAAAAGCGAUCAGAACGCUCAAGUCAAAAUCUGGUCAAGCUGUGAACAUUGGGGAAUUGGUUUCUUUGACUGAAAUUAAAUUAGUGACGAGAAUGAUUAUGGGGAGUACCUUAGGAUGUGAUGAGGAAAAGCAUGAGAAAGUUGUGGAAGUGUUUAGGGAGGUGAUGGGGAGAUUUGUUGCUGCACUUGGGGAACCUAAUAUCUCUGACUUUUUGCCAUGGCUGGAAAGGUUUGACCUGCAGAGAAUUCAGGCAAAGAUGGGGGGUUUAGUUAAGGCUAUCAGAGAUAUUCUUGAACCCAUCAUUGAAGAAGGGGAGAGAAUUGUUUCUGAGAAGUCUCGUAUAGGUUCGAGGAAGGAUGAAGAUGAUGAUGACGAGAAGGAUUUUCUGCAAAUUCUCUUAGAGCUAAAGGCCGGUGAAGCUGGCAAAUCCUUGGACCUUGGUGCAAUCAAGGCCCUGUUGCAGGAUAUAGUAAUAGGGGGGACGGACACAACAGCGACGACGGUGGAGUGGGUCAUGGCAGUGCUUCUUGAAAAUCCAGAAGUCAUGAAACAGGUCCAGAAUGAAGUAGACCAUAUCGUCGGACUGAACUCUACUGUGGAAGAGGUCCAUUUACUGAAGCUCACCUAUUUGGACGCUGUUGUGAAGGAGACUUUACGUCUAUACCCUCCACUCCCACUGCUCGUCCCCAGGUGUUCAACUGCAACUUCACAGGUGGGCGGCUACACAAUCCCAAAGGGUACUAAGGUCUUUCUGAAUACAUAUGCAUUACACAGAGACCCUCAGCUUUGGGACAAUCCGCUGCAGUUCAAGCCUGAAAGGUUCCUCGGUCCGGGUUCGGGAUUAUUGGAUUACACCGGGAAUGAUUAUCGGUUUCUACCGUUUGGGUCGGGAAGGAGAAUUUGUGCUGGGAUUCCCCUGGCUGAGAAAAUGUUGUUGUACAUUUUGGCCUCACUGUUGCAUUCCUUCAACUGGCGGCUUCCUGAAGGUGAAAAGCUGGACUUUUCAGAUGAGUUCGGGAUAGUCACCAAGAAGAAGACUCCAUUAAUUGUUGUCCCAACACCGAGGCUAUCCAACUCUCAGCUUUAUCAUUAGCUUGGAGAAUGUUGUUUGAGGAGCAGCGGUUCCAUUUCUUGAUAUUUGAUUAGAGAUGGCUCGUACAAAGCUAGUAAGGCAACUAAGGUAGAUUGAGUCACAAAUACAUAAAGGGAUGAUCUUCCGAGAAUAAAACUUGAUGUCAAGUGGUAUGCAGCUGAAGAGAAAAUCAAUGAAGAGAAAAAAACUUGAUGUCAAGUGAUGCUUCACGGUGAAUACAAAGAUCAAGUGUGAGAAUCUAGACAUAUGUUUCAACAUGAUAUACUGGCCUAUACUUUUGUAGAUAUAUUUUGUAGCUUAGACAUUUGUAUGAUGUAUAACAGUUUGAUUAUAAGUUUGAUCAUUUGUGACAGUUUAUAACAUGUAUGCAUAAAAAUGACGAUUAGUUUCAUCAUCAACUAUAAUCUAAUAUUGACAAUUCUAUUUUUGUCAUUA